GCGACCGCUGCCAGUUUAGGUUGAGAUUUUCUCGCGUUUGGUUCACUAGCUGCUAGCUCGACCUAGCCUGCGGUGUGUUGGUUUUGCGAAAACGUUUCACUGAAAGAGCAUAAUCUGUGCAGCCUUCAAAUUUUUGUUUUCUUUUUUGUCGUAGCCAAUCGAAGAAAUUUUCGCCAGACGGGAUACUUUAAGUGAAUGUGCAGUGUGAUAACGAGGGGAGAGCGGUUCGGUCCCACAGGAAUAAUGAUUGUGAAUUCGUUAAUUUUUGUGUAAAUAAUAACGAGGAGUGAGAUGGUUUAUGACCCCCGCCGUGGGCAGAUAGCUAAAGAACAUGCCGAAUGACUGCUGGCACACCAUUAAUGAACGGCACAAAAAGCUCCACCAAUAAUGGUGCUUAAGGACAAUAAAAUAUUCGAAGUGGAUUAGUGAUUGCCUAGAGUAGAAAAAACAUUAGUAAUUGUUUGCAAUCGAUGAGCUAGUUCGAUGCUAAGUUGUACGCGGAGCACGACAUCCGAUGCCCUAGCUAUCUAACCUAUAGCAAAAAAAGCAAGAGUUGCGGAAAGCUCACAAAAGACGUUAACACGAUCUGUCCGGGCGCUACACGGAAACUAAACUAAAAGUAGAGCCAUAAAGUGUUCGGGAUCCGAUUUGAUAAGGACUCCAACGAGCGGUAAUCGAAAACGAAACUGUCGUUCCAGCGUGCAGUCCUUAUUCUGCCGAAACCGUUCCGCUCGAUCGCAGCCCGCAACGGAGUGGCAGAAACAAAAACGACGACGUUCAACCCACCUGUCAGAGUAGCGAAAAGUGUUUGCCAUUAACCUAAUCAAGUUUGUCGUAAAAAUGUGGAAUCGCAUCUCGCCAACCAGUUCCAAUAAACUGUUGCUCGAACAUGCAUAGCGGAUCACUCUGGAGGGACCGGAACCCCCCUGGAUGCAAGGCCCCCUCAAGGUGGCAUUCCUAGGGGCCUCCGGCGUUGGACGUACCAGCAUACUGCAACAAUUUUUCAAGCAUGACUUCCCGAGGAGUCACGUCCGCACCAGCCGGCGCACGGUGUAUCGCAGCUGUCUGGUGUGUGACACCUGCAUCCGCGAGCUGAUGGUGAUCGAUGUGCCACCGCAGAGGCGCUUUCCGGUCGACAAUCUCGCCGAGUGGAACAACGGGCACCCGCUGGGACUGCGAACCGUGCACACCUACGUGCUGGUGUACGACAUGGGCAAUCUCGAAACGUUCCAGUAUUGUCGCAGCAUGCGUGAUCAAAUACUGGAGAGCUUCUGUCAUCGGGAUUUCAAAAUUAUGGUUGUGGGCAACAAAGUCGAUUUGGUAUCGGAAACCAUCCCGCACACUCAGGAAUUAAAAGACAUUUCCACUCUGGUUAGGAAACACUGGCGCUGUGGUUAUGUUGAAUGUUCCGCGAAGCACAACUACAAGAUCGGUGACAUUUUCAAAGAACUGAUGGGCUACCCGGUGGGUGGGACCGCUGCCAAGCUGGAGUUUUCCCAGUCGAUUAGGAGCAAAAACAAAUGCACAAUUCUCUAGUAGUAGCUGUGCGGGCUGGCUGAAUGUGUGACCCGUACACGAUUCUCCGCUAUUGGCAAAGUUUUUGGAAGCAGCCAGCUUCAAAGUUGUGAAUUUGAGUGAGAAAUGAUUGGCAAACUAAUGCCAUUUAAAACCGAGCGCAAGCUGGGCACUUUAAGUGUGGAAACAGCAGCAGCAGUUAUUCAAUCGUAGAUUUAAGAAAUCAUUAAAAAAACCCAAUCACGUUGACUAUUGAUACCUAGCAGUUUAUCACAAAACCAAUUGACACAGUUUUACGUGUCGUUUGCAGGACUGUAUGUGCAGAAUAAAAUUGUAACAUUAGGCAGCCAGCAGAAUGUGACUUGAGCUGCAAAUUGCCCAUUAUAAGACAAAGAAACUGUAAAGAUAAAAAGGACACAUUUCGAUACCGGCGAAAAGUAUCGCUCUAUGUGUCCCUACAUAUAUAAAUGUGUGUGUGAGUGUUUGUAGAUGAGUUCAAACAAUACAUUUUAAAAGUAACUACCGUGCUGUGAGGUGAACUGUUUCGAUUGUCGAACAAAACACACAAAAAAGACUCAAUUUUGGCUUUGAACCGGAUGAUGAGCAAACAAAAAAUAAUAGAAAUCAAUUUUAUCUCGUUUCGCGGUUCAACAUAAAUAUCAAUAAGUCCUAGACAAGAGGCUUUGAGGCAGGGUUACACAAAAGGCUCAAUGUGUAUGUUUACAAUGCACGAACAUCCGCAGUGCUUACCCCCGUCACAGGUCGCGAUAACUGAAGAAACAUUUUGCAAAAAAAAAAAUGAUCAAGAAAUAUUCAACACAGAAAUAUACACACACACGGCUAAUGGACAACGUUUGGGUGAAAUAAUAACGGGCUUUAGAUUAUAUCAAUAUCAAACUUCACGAAAAGGUUAUACCAAAAAAAAAUUAAUCAUCAGUAGUAUUUCUACAGAAUAUUGUUUUAUUUCAUCUAUAGGGAUGCGUACUUACCAUGGCCAUUUAACCUAUAACGACAGCUCGGCGCUUGGCUCCAGAAUGAAGCGUUCCCCAAGGGCUCGUUCCUAAACCAAGUGGUCAUUAACAGGGCGGAUGGAGAGUUCGCCAAAGAAAAAAGACGCGAAAGACCACGGUCACGGAGAGGUGUGAUGGAUUGAAGAGCAAACAGUUUAUAUAUUUUGUUUUUUGUUUAUUUAGGAUAAAAAUUAAUUUUAAAUUCUUGUAUCCAUUUUAGCGAAAAGUAUAUCUUGACUGUUUACGUAGAUUGAAUCAUUUUCGAAUUACUGUUUUUUU